AAUUUGAAAGACCACAUCUUUACACACAUGUCUGACGAAGUUAUUUGGCAGGUGAUAAACCACCAAUUCUGUGCAUUCAAGAUCAAAACCGACAAGAACCAGAAUUUCUGUCGUAAUGAGUACAACGUAACCGGUUUAUGUUCCCGACAAUCAUGUCCGUUGGCUAAUGCCAGGUACGCUACCGUUAAGAAUAUCGAAGGAAGAUUAUAUCUAUAUAUGAAGACAGCCGAAAGAGCCCAUUUGCCUUCAAAGAUGUGGGAACGUAUCAAGUUGUCCAAGAACUACAGCAAAGCAUUGGAGCAAAUCGAUGGAAGAUUACAGUACUGGCAGAAAUUUUUGAUACACAAGUGUAAACAAAGAUUAACCCGAUUGACCCAAGUAGCCAUCACCGAAAGGCGGAUGGCCAUGAGAGAAGAUGAAAGACAUUACGUGGGUGUCAAGCAUAAGGUCCGGAGAAGAGAAGAAAAGAGAGAAAGAAAGGCCUUGAGUGCUGCCAAAAUUGAAAAGGCCAUCGAACAAGAAUUGUUGGAAAGAUUGAAGAGUGGAGCAUACGGCGACAAGCCUUUGAAUGUCGACGACAAGAUCUGGAAGCGGAUUUUGAGCAAGAUGGACAAUCAGCAAGAAGACAUCGAUGAAGAUGAUGAUGAAAUCGACUUGAUCAGUGGAGAUGAGGAUGAACUAGAAGAUGAAAGUGACGUGGGAGAAAUCGAAUACGUUGAAGAUGAUGGAGAUGAUGAGUUGGUCGACAUGGAGGACUUGGAAAGGUGGUUGGAUGAUUCAAGUGAAGACAGUGAGAGUGAUAGUGAAGAAGAAGAAGAAGAAUCCAAGCCAGAAGCCAAAAAGAGACCUACCACCGGUGAUUCUAAAACCAGAAAAAGGCCUAGAAUCGAAGUCGAGUACGAGCAGGAGCCAGAAGCGGCUGAUUUCCAAACCAACAUUGUAUACUAGUUACACGUCCAUAUUGCAUAAUAAAUUAUAUCGUAAACAUACCACCUCCGAAGCUGUAUGAGAGCAACGUUGCGAGCCUGGAAUUGCUUAACUUCGCUUACAUAAUCGCCUCAUAUUCAGCUAAUCUCCGCCGAGAUCCUGGAAAACUUACGUGUUGUACCUCGUGGCCUAGAAAAACCCUACUCAAAGUCUAUGGGAUAUACCUUUGUGGUAUGGGCCAUACCACAAAGGUAUGGCCCAUAUACACCAUCACCAAUUUCCUGGAGUAUCGUAGGUCGGGAAUAACACAAAGUCUAUCCGUUUGAGCCUCAAAUAUAAUCAGAUGGAACUUUUCUUAAGAUUUUCUCCCAUUUUGUCUCGAAAGCGGCUGCGGCCAUGGGGAUGCCUAUAAGACGAGCUGGUUUCGCUGCUUUUUCGCAGGUGCAAACAGUGCGAAUACGAACAACCUUUCAUAGUGCUGCAUAAGAUGUCUAUACAGCUCACAUCUUGGACUACGACCCCAUGGCCUUCCACUAUCUCCACUCGGAGUGUGGACGCAUCCUACACUAGCGGCCUUCUUGCCACUCUUCUGGAAGCUGCGAAACUGAUAGAAACCGCCACCGAUGUUGGAGAUCUCGUAUCGCUCUCAAGAGUGAUUCGGGGAGCAGAAGCGUCUUUGGCAAUUAUAUCAGCUGAAAAUGCCAUUGCUACUGCCACGGAAUCUUCAGUUAAAGCAGCAGCUACAAAAGCGAUUUUUGCCAGCUCCGUCGACCUUGAAGGUCUCUUUUGGGAGUAUAGUUUUUUUGACUUUCGUCUCAAUCGGGCUGCCAAUAUCAUAUACUUGACAUUAUUUGGGUUGUUGUGGUUGUACUAUACGUCAAUGUUUUCUGUUUCUCGGUACCAGUGGUUUAAUGUGUCAUUUUUUUGCGGGUACACCCUCGAAUUUAUUGGAUUUAUAGGAAGAAUUCUUGCAUUUGUUGAUGCCACCGAAAUCAACUAUUUCCUCCUUGAGUUUUUCGUGGCGUUGACGUUGGCUCCAGCAUUUAUCAUGGCUGGGAUUUACUUCCUUUUUGCUCAGAUGGUGGUGAUUCAUGGUCGUGAAUAUUCUCUUUUAAAACCGUUGUGGUACUCCUACUUCUUUAUUCUGACGGAUGUAUUGUCGCUUUUGGUACAAGCUGGGGGUGGUGCCUCUGCGUCUAUUGCAAGCAAACGUCACAAGAAUACAAAACCCGGCACUGAUACCAUUAUCUGUGGGAUUGUUAUUCAAACCGUUGCUAUGACCGUUUUCUUGGGGUUCUGGUUUGAGUUUUUGAAUAGAGUUUUCUUCAGACACUCAGGAGAUGUGACGGUGGAUUCCUCUUUCAAGAAGAAGUCGGUGAAGAAUUUCUUCAAACUCCUAUUCAAUGUCAAGUCGACCCGUGCUUAUAAACAAGACCAAUUAGACCCGUUCUACAAUCCUCGAUUCCAGCACAUCAGAAACUCCAAACUCUUUGGCUACAUGCCAUUAGUGAUAACCAUCACUGUGGUAGUAAUCUACAUUCGUUGUAUUUACAGAGUGGUAGAAUUGUCUGAAGGUUGGCGUGGAUACUUAAUUACCCAUGAGGUAUACAUUAUGGUGUUAGACGCUUUAAUGGUGGCAAUUGCCGGGCUUGUAGCCAUUCCUUUCCAUCCAGUAUGGACUUUGGGCCGAGAAAAUGUUGUCCGACUUGCAACUAUCAGGAAGAGACAUGAUGAAAGCUCUGAGAAUCAAGACGAACUCACCAGCUUACAAUACAGCAGUAAUGAAGCUCCAGUCGAGAAAACUGUUACCGCUGAAAAAGGUAUCACCGAGGUGGUAUUAAAUAAGGCUGACAAUGAAGUCAUUGCUGACAAGAAAUGAAACUAUAUGUGUAGUUACAAGAAUAAUAUGUUUACUUAUUGG